AUGUGCGCGGGCUCGGCGCUGCGGCAGCAGUACGGGCAGCAGUACCGGCACUGCCUGGAGCGCGAGUUCCGCCGCGGCCGCGCCGUGCCCUGCUCCGACCCGUCCUUCGUGGAGCGGCUGCGGCGGCGGCUGCGGCGGGAGCCGUCGGUGCUCAGGGCCCUGCAGGAGGACGCGCCCGAGCUGCUGGCCCGGGGGCUGCGGGGCUGGCCCGACCCGGGGCAGGCACUGCCGGGCCUGGCUCGCGCCUUCCGGCUGCUGGAGCUGGCGGCCAUCAACCUCUACCUCUUCCCCUGGCGCAAGGAGUUCGGCACCGUGAAGACCUUUUCCGGUGCCUACGUGCACUCGCUGCGCUCAGCACUCCCUGAAGACGACCUGGAGCGGAGCUUCGCCCGGCUGGGCUAUGCACGGCAGGACCGGCACCGCUUGACGGUCUCCCGGCUCCCCCCGGAGCCCGAGCUGCUCGCUGCUGCCUGCGGCUUCUUGGCCUGCCGUCUGGAGUGUGAGAUCCUGGUGGAGGUGGUGCUGCGGCUGCACCCACAGCAGCCCAGCGCCGAGGACCUGCUGCGGGCCCGAUGGCUGGCUGCGGACAUGGAGGCCUGCGUGGAGAUGCUGCAGCAGAUGGGGAUGCAGCCCAAAGCGGCUGUUGGCUGCAGUGACCACGUGGACCUUUACCAAGCCGUGCCAAGCAGCCCCGAGGAUGUGGAGGGCGAGGACACCCCCCCCCAGGCACUGCAGAGUGACCCUGGCAGCCCCGUUGGUGCCCUGGACAUGCCCAUGAGGAGCUGGGACUGCUGCAAAGAGCCCAAGGCUGGGCAGGAGCUGGUGCUGCCUGUCGGCAACCCCGACCUGGACACCUCCUCCUCUCAUCUCUUCCUGCAGCAGGACCUCAGUGGGGCCAGCAGCCUAUUCCCUGCCCUGGCUGUGGGGAGCAGACCCCCCCCAGUGCUGGGGGAGCCCCAGGACUCUCCCUGCUCUUCAGCUCCUGAAGAGGCCCCAGAGCUGCCCUGUUACCAGCUGCACUCGUGCCUGCGCCCGGGCGUGCUGCCCUCCUACUGCUGCACCACAUGCCAGCAGCUCCACGCCGGUGCCUGCGCGGACGGGCUGGCCUGUCGCAGCCGCCACCGCGGGCAGGAGCUGCGCAGCGAGCGGCAGCAGCGGCUCUGGCUGCAGCGCUCGGAGGUGGACAUGCUGCUGUCCGAGAGCUGUGGACCCCAGUCGUAGCACUGCAGCGUGCUGCUGCUGUGCACAUCCCCUUGCGCCCGCUAAGGGAUGGGGACAGCCACUGCUGGGCCUGAGGGAUGCUUUGCUCGCUCCACAGGGAGGGAGCAGUGAAUGGGCCAUGCUCUGCUUCAUCCCCAGGGUGGUGGGAGCCUGCUCCAGCCCUGGCCCUCCCAUUGUACAUGCCUGGAUGCAUCUCAGUAAAGUGCAGCUGCCUCGCA